AUGGCAUCUGAGGAACAUUCACCACAUGGAGAGAGUACCGCAGGUGAAGAGCAUUCCAAUGGAAUCCAUCCCGCUUGGAAUGAUCUAUCCAACCACGGUAGAGCCACCGAUAUCAAUGGGGGAUUUCUGGAACGGGAAUGGGUUUCUCCUCAUUUGGUGCACAACCGCCUAUUUUCAGUAGAUGGGCACACAAAUUCUUCCAUGCCAACACCAGUCAGCCUUUGUGACUCAACUUUUCUUGAAGCAAGACAUAGCCCGUCGCUUAGCCAGUCGCAUAGCCAUCAUGAGAUCUCGAAUCGUGGUAUUGGGGAUCCCGCAAAUCAUCCCUGCCUGGGUAUAAGCGUGCCGUCUACCGCAAAUUAUUUCCAGUCAGACAUCUUCAUUUUUGGCCAUCACCAUCGCCAAGUGCCAGAGAAUAACUUUCCAUUAGAAGCCGUUGAAGGGUUUGGUCCCCGAGCCCUUAACGGUGUCAUGCAAUCCAAUGCUUCAGUUCCUCGAUCUACCCAAUUAAAGCUCCAUGUGAAUAUUGAGCCAAACCCCGAUGGGCUUCUUAGAUUACAGCUCGAGAGGGGAACAAGCCAAAAUGCUGACACUACAGAGCGCCGCCGAUCGUGGCCGUCGCAAAGGAAUUCUGCGCAAAGAUCAAAGCCAGAGCAGAUUGAACGCGAAAACCACACCAUUCGAUUACUGAGAAAGGAGAAGAAGCUGUCCUGGAGAGACGUCGUGACGGCUACCAAUGAAGAGUAUGGGAAGAAUUACUCUGCAUCUUGUCUUCAAAUGCGAAUGACACGAAUGAAGCAGCGCUCUCAACACUGGUCCGAGAACAAUAUCCAAGCGCUGCAUCAGGUGCAUAAUUUUCUGGGAAUCGUCAAAGUUUGA